AAGAAUCAAGUUAUAUUUUCCUUUCUUUGAAAACAAGCAAGGAUUUUGCGGUAUAAUUUAAACAUUAGCGCGGAACAGAAAGUGUUGUUGUUUGCUAUAGUUUAAGAAUGGAAAUAAAUUCAUCAAACGGGAUGUUUAUGCAUUUUUAUUAAGUAUGUUCAUGCAGUCUUUCUGGGUCGCAAGGCCUAAGCUCUAUAAAUGCAGUCUCAGUUUGAAGGGACGUUGAACGUGAAAAGAGGAAGAAAGAAAAAGAUGAAUCGGGAAGAUCACGAAACAAAAUUAAACGAGAUAGAGGCGUUUAUGGAGGUUGAUAAUGUUGUGGGCAACACAACUGAACAAAACCUAGUGGAUGUUGACACAGCUAAUCUUAGCAAAGACACAAUUACAUCUGGUGAACAACUGGAGCAGAAUGAUGCAAUAUUAGACACAAUUAACAUGAUUGUCAGAGAUAUUGAUGAAGUGACAGAUAAUAUUGACAACACUGUGAUGCAAACCCUUGGCUGCAGUGGCGAUCCAAUCGACAUUCAACUAGCGGCUGACUUUGAAGAUCUACCUGUGGGUUCAUUAUGUGAUAUUUCAAUGAAUACUUUGUCUGAUGUGGAUAUGGUCCCAGGUUUUGGUGAUAAAUAUACAGUAGAUACUGCUGGUGAUAUUCCUCAAAAUGAAAGCCAGACAGUAACCAGGGAUGCCAGUAUAAAUGAUGCAAUUAUGAAUGAUGCUAUUAUGAAUGAUGCCAGUAUAAACGAUGCCAGUAUAAACGAUGCCAGUAUAAACAAUGCCAGUAUAAACGAUGCAAGUAUAAAUGAUGCCAGUAUAAACAAUGCCAGUAUAAACAAUGCCAGUAUAAACGAUGCAAGUAUAAAUGAUGCCAGUAUAAACGAUGCCAGUAUAAAUGAUGCAAGUAUAAACGAUGCCAGUAUAAAUGAUGCCAGUAUAAAUGAUGCCAGUAUAAAUGAUGCCAGUAUAAGCGAUAGUAUUGCAAAACGUAAAAGAGGACGACCAAAAAUGAGCAAAGAUGCAGCAGAUGUAAAGAGACUAAAAAAUGAAGAGCUGGUGAAACUUUUACCAGAGGAGGGAGGGACUGUGUUAUCAAAGGAAGCGUCUAAAACAUUUCGCGAAAUUCUUAAACGUAAGAAAAGACUUCAUUGUCCGAGAGAGGGAUGUGGAAAAAAAUACACGUGUUUCAAGGGUUUUGAAUACCACGUUGUGAGAUGCGGGAUUUCUGUCACACUCGUUGCACCUACUAACUUCAUUUGCGAUCAUUGUGGGAAGGUUUAUCACAGCGCUCCAGGACUGUCCUAUCAUAAACGGACAGCACAUGACAAUAUUAAGGAAACCCAAGAAACUACUGAAACGGAGAUUGGUCUAGCUAAAUCAAAAUAUACGCUACGACAGCGCGAUGAAACUGAGAGUAAAAGCUACGUCGAAAAACCAGUGGAAAAUGAUUCAGAUUCCUCGUUUGACGGAUCCGAGCGACCAUCAGUGACCAUGCGGGGAACGGGUUGGAUGAAAUACGCUGAGAAGCUGGAGGAUGAACCCGCUGAUGAACCUGAGGAAAUGAAGACGGAACUCACCAACAUGACUGCGAUGACAGAAGCUUUGAGACAUAAAAAAAUGCUGAAAUGUUCCAAGGAUUGUGGUCGUUAUUUCAAAACUGCUUCAGCAACUUACCAGCACGUUAAAAAUUGUAAGGGCAAAGAAAAACAUCGUUGUAAAUUGUGUGGCAGAAUAUUUUUGAGCAGAAGUGGAUUAAGAACGCACAUUAUCACUUUACAUCGAAGGAAAGAACACAAUAGUGACGAUGGAGAAGAAAGCGAAUUCUCUGAAAGCGAGGAGAAAACUGUACCCUUGAAAAGGCGAUUUCCUGGAAAAAAGUUCGAUUUUAAGGAGAGUACCAAAACCUGGUACAAAGAGUUUCUUUCAGAAGCAUCGUUUACAUGCUGGAGGCCCAGUCUUAAACACUGGAAUCGUCUCUCUGCAAGUGAGGCACAAAGCUAUUUGCCUGUUAGAAAAAUGUCUCCCGUCUUCAGGAUUGAGGCGGUAAAAGGAAAAGGUUCGACUCCCGAGCUCGAGAAAGAGUAUCAGUUGCCGCUGUUUACUUCGGCGCCGGUCAAUUCAGCCGCAAAUUUACUUAACAUUACCUUUAAUGUCGGUGGCUCGGUUUGGGCUAUGGACUGGGUACCAGUGCCAGUUGAUGAUCAUGAUGAAGACUGUGAUCAAUAUAUUGCCGUUGGAUGUCACAGUGAUCCAGACAAGACCCACUUGCUCUCCGAGUGCUACAGAGAAAAAGGUGUUUUGCAAAUUUGGCGAGUUCCCCAUCUUCAGAAUAAAACACGACCAACAGAGAAGGCCGAGUUUAGUUUUGGCAUUGUGUACGAUUAUGGACCCUUGUGGGAUAUUCGGUGGUGUCCCUCGCGGGCCUGGGACAAGUCGUCUCCACAAACCGGUGAACUUCGUCGUCUAGGGCUGCUUGCUUUGGCGUGUGCUGAUGGAAAAGUUCGAAUUUUUAGUGUGCCAUUUCCUGGCUCACUUCUGGAAAAUGAUGCUGGCACUGAUUCUGAGAGCUCUCCUGAAAACUCGCUCUAUCGUGUCGUACCUCACCUGGUGCUCUCCCCAGGCUCUUUGUGCCGUAAGUACCGAGAUGAAUGCGGCGCCGCGUGGAAAUUGUCAUGGCAACCUAUAUAUGGUCACAAGAAAAUCAUUGCAUCAUAUACUGAUGGUACUGUUGCAGUCUGGGAUCUGGAGACAAAAAAUCCCGUUUUAAAAUCGACAUCCGAAGACGGCCUCACCGAACGCGUCUUUCCAAUUUCCCACUUCCAAGCUCAUGAUUCAGUCAUUCGUUCUUUGGCCUGGUGUCCCAGUGAACCAAACUAUAUCGCAACAGGUGGCUAUGAUAGACUCAUAAAAAUUUGGGAUCUUCGCCAUCACUCACAACCUGUCCUCUGCUUUGCAAAAGCGUUAAGUUAUCAUCUUACCUGGCCAAUGCACCUGGGGAUAUUGCUGUACAAUACCGAUUCGAUGAAUCGCGUGAAAGGCACUCGUUGCUUGGAUUACUACGCGAGCUCACGGAGUGAAAAGUAUUCUGGGCAUGUCACAUUCAGUUAUGUUUCCCAGAAUGCAUCCGCAUGGGACAACGACUAUUCUAAUUGGAUAAACGUUGUGGCGGGCGUUGAUGCUGCAGGAGCCAUUUCAAUUAAUCAUUUAACACCAGCACUUGCUCAAAAAAACCGAAAAAAUGUUAAAGUGCCACUGUUCCGUGCCCUGUUUGAACCAACUACCGAACACCAAGAUCCAACUAUUUCUGCAGAAGAUCUCCAGAAUAAAGCGAAAGAAACUAAUGAAGAAUAUCCUUUCAAGAUCGUGUUCAAGGAUAUCCACCCAUUUGCUGUUAAUCGCGGGGGGAAAUACCCUUUGUUCGAUGAUGAAGCUUUUGUCAUGCCUAAUCAACCAACACAUACUGCACUACACAAGGUUCGAUGGAAUCCAAAUUUCAGCAGCUAUUAUUGGUUAGCGACAGGCGGCCAGUCAGGUCUGGUGAGAUUGUGUUAUAUCAACUAGAUCAUCCUAUCACAAAGAUUUUCAACAUUUUGUUGUGAAGAUUGUCAGGUAUUGGGUAUACACGCGUACACAACAAACGUUGCUCCAUUUUUUCAUAUGUACUGUAUAUGGUGGGAGGUAGUAUACAAACCAAUUCAGGGGCAUGGAAACCAUGUGGAAAUUUAAUAUUUUGACAGCGGUCACCUGUUUGUUGUCUUCUACGAAGAGAAUAGGGAGGUUAAGAUCUACUUCCACUACCAGUACCGAUACGAAAAUACAUGACGUAUUACAGUUUGGCAGCGCGGAAAUUUUAAAGCGUUAAGAUUGUGACUUCCGUAAGAAGUAAAUAAACAUUAUUUUAGAAGUAAUUACAAUCCUUAAGUCUCACCAAACAAAGCAGAAACAUUAUAAAACUAAAACCUAAAUAAUAUUAUUAGAAAACUACUGCAGAAAAUGACAAUAAUACAGUAUAUAUAAUUCGGUACUUCGCCUACCUAUCCACUUCCAUUUUCAGCCCCAAAACGGUACUCGCGACUUCCAGUGUUGUCACAUUUUGGACGAUUGUUACAUCUGCGCAUGCGCGUGACUGAUUAUUGGUAUCGGUACUCGUAGCGGAAGCCGAUCUUAACCUCCCUAAUAACAUGGCAACUGCUAAUCCUUAAUGGAUUACUGCUUAGAUAUUGUCUUGUAUAAAGACAAAUGCCAAAUCACAAACUGCUUGUCAUUUUCUGCUCUUCUUCUGAAUAGAAUAUUUAUGUUUCACCAACGAGGUGAAACCGAGUUGACUACAUUUGAC